AUGCCACACGAUGAGAAAACGUCAGAUGCGCCGGGUGCAAGUAGUUCACCAUUGACUCACGAUAUCGAGCGCCAGGAUGAUAUACGCUAUGCAAAAUGGCAAAAGACUUGGAAGACAUUCGAGAGCCAGCUUGUAGCAUACAACCUCGAGGCCCGCGGCAUCCAGCGCGUCGAGCCCCACGAACGUCAUGAUUUGCGCCUUUUGGGCUAUUCGCAGGUCGCAAUCAUGUGGUUUAGUGUCAACUUGGCAGCGAACAACAUCACAUUGGGCAUGCUUGGCCCUGCCGUUUUCGCUCUUGGUUUCACAGACGCCUGUUUAUUGAGCGUCUUCGGCGCAAUGGUUGGUUGCCUCGUAGUCGCCUACGUCGCCACAUUUGGUCCUAAGAGCGGUAACCGUACCAUGAUCUUCUCGCGGUACAUUACGGGUUGGUGGCCAUCCAAGAUCAUUGUGUUACUCAACAUCAUCGUAUUGCUCGGAUAUGGCAUGAUCGACUGUGUAGUAGCAGGCCAAAUCCUCUCUGCUGUCUCGACAAAUUCCAUGUCUGUCGUGGUCGGCAUCAUCAUCGUAGCCGUCAUUGCUUGGGCAAUUACCACAUUCGGAUACCAGAUAUUUCACUAUUACGAGCGCUGGGCAUGGCUGCCGCAGCUCGUGGUACUCUGCAUAUUGGCGGGCGUCGCAGGUCCGCGAUUCGACAUAUCUUCCAAGUCUCAUGGCGACGAAAAUCCAAAUACCAUCAUCGGGAACCGCAUCAGCUUCUUUGGCCUUACACUUGCAGCGGCGAUCACGUACGGUGGUGGUGCAGCCGACUACUUUGUUUAUUAUCCUGAACAUGCAUCGUCUCUUAGCAUCUUCAGCAUGACUAUGAUUGGCCUAAUGUGUAGUUUUACGUUCGCUUUUGUUCUUGGGAUUGGGCUGGCAUCCGGCAUGUCGAACAAUGCAGACUGGGAAGCAGCGUAUGGCGUAUCGCAAGGUGCGCUCAUUGUGGAGGGAUACAAGCCUCUCGGCGCAUUUGGCUCUUUUUGUGGCGUGAUUGUCGCUUUGGGACUCGUCGCCAACCUCAUUGUACCAACGUACUCUUCUGGAAUUGAUGCACAAAUCCUUGGUCGUUACGCCGCUGCCAUACCAAGAGUGAUCUGGAAUACCGUCGGCGUCAUCAUCUUCACAGUCUGCGCCCUGGCAGGACGCACGCACCUUGCGGAAAUCUUCACCAAUUUCCUCGCCCUCAUGGGCUAUUGGGUGUCUAUCUGGAUUGCCAUUAUCGUAGAGGAGCAUUUCAUCUUCCGCCGCAAGAUCGGCUUCAACUGGGAAGUAUGGAAUCAGAAGAAGAAGCUGCCAUUGGGCAUCGCAGCGUUAGCUGCCUUUGUCAUCGGUUGGAUUGGCGCCAUCAUGUGCAUGGCACAAGUCUGGUACAUUGGGCCUAUCGCCAAACAAGUUGGAACGUACGGUGCUGACAUGGGUAACUUUGUCGGUUUCGCAUGGGCUUCGGUCACGUAUCCGCCACUCAGGAUGUGGGAGCUUAAGCGAUUCGGGAGAUGA